AUGUCAUGUGUAACUAAGGAGUCGCCAGCAACCAACGCAUCAGCCAACGGUACCAACAACAACAACAACAACAACAAAAAAGGGGGAUCCUGUCGCACAACAACAACAUUGGUAAGAGACCGUAAAGGAGGGGAAAUCACCUGGAGAGCAACAAGCGGAAACUGCGGUCUUAUGAAUAUCCCGCAGUGA